ACCAACAGACGAGUGAUAAUUGCUACCACUAUUUGUCGUAUACGACCCCGUGGAACCAACACCUAUACGAUUCACACAGCUUAUACAAAUACUCUUCGACACAUGCCAGGCCCCUGGCACACUCUCCUCACCCAUCUCCCCUUGAAAUACCACGUCCUCACUGGUCGGCGAAUGUACUACAUCCACGCGCUGCACGCCUCUUACGGAUUCGUGGUCCGCAUCUCUCCCCACGAAGUAGCCGUCGCAGACCCAGCAGGCUUCACCGCAAUCCAUCGCAUCGGGGGUGGGUUCCUCAAGGCGCCGUGGUACGAGGAGUCCAACGCGCCUGACGGGGGCGAGCCGAGCAUCUUUGCGAUGCGGGAUCCUCGGAAACAUGUUAUUCGCAGGAAACUACUGGGCAGGGUCUUCACAAAAACUUCGCUCAGGAAAGAAUGGGAGGGCGUCGUUAGAGAAAAGGUUGAGAUGGUUGUGGGUAAGAUACGUGGAGAGGCGGAGGGAGGGGGGUGCUCGGAUGUGUUGAAGUGGUUCACCAUGAUGGCGACUGAUGUCGUGGCUCACUUGUGCUUCGGGGAGUCUUUUAAUAUGCUGGAACUGGGCGAGAAAAACGACUAUAUGAAGAUGCUGGAACUUAUCUCGGUCCAAAACAUCAUGCGCUACGAGCUGCCCUGGCUGCACUUCAUCCGCUCCCACAUACCAUUCCUAAAAUCGUCGAUAGACCUCGUCGACGCACAAGCUGUCCUCGGCAGCUACGGUAACCGAGCUCUGGAGAGUCUACGCCAGAACAGUGAUCGCGGCAGGACGCUAUUCGCGACCUUGUUGGACGCCCUCGACGCGGACAACACCGGCGACGGUGAAAAGAACGCCGACACAAACAUGAAGCUCACCGAGGAAAUGGUGCAGAGAGAAAGUCGAAGCAUGAUUAUCGGCGGCUCGGACACGACGUCAAUCACGCCGGCGUAUCUAGUCUGGGCGGUUGUAAAGCGACCUGACCUCAGACUAAAGUUGGAAGACGAGGUCGCGGGAUUGAGCCCUGACUUCGACGAUAAUGCGCUGGAAAAGCUUCCGUUGCUCAACGCUGUGAUUGAUGAGACGUUGAGGCUGUACGGCGCCGUUCCGGGCCAGCUGUCGAGGUCGGUGCCAGCGGGCGGCGCUACGCUCGGGGGAUGUUUUGUACCCGACGGAGCCACGGUGGAGACGCAAGCGUAUACACUUCAUCGGGAUCCGGAGGUAUGGCCGGAUCCCCUACGCUUUGACGAGACGCGAUUCCGAGACCAAAGCAAACUCACUCCAAACCAGAAACGCCUUUUUUCGCCCUGGGGCGCCGGCUCACGAAUCUGCCUCGGCGUCGAGCUCGCCAGAAUGGAACUUAGAUUGGCCGUGGCCGUGCUCUUUCGGGAGUGCAGGGGGUUGAGAAUGGCGCCUUGAUAUGACGGAUGAGAUGAUGGAGAUGGAGAACUUCUUCAUGAUCAGCCCUGUUGGGCACAAGUGCGAAGUGACUCUGCCAUAACCCGCUGAAGAUCAAAAAAGAAAAAUCGGUGGUGGCUUGUAGUUGCGUAGAACGUGGCUCGGGGUUUCCGGAUCGCGCAAUUUGAGAUCGGCAUUGGACAAUGGGCAGAAUUUUGGGAGAUUUGACUCAUGGCGAUUAGGUUUUCAGAAUGUCAUGCCACGAUCAGUUGCCGCGAUGCGGUGUUUGACAGGUUUUGAACCGUUUGGUAGAUCUUCAAGAUGUUGAUCCAUUUGAACCUC